AUGACUUCAUUACAACUUCAAACACAGUUACAAAGUGUUCAAGACGUCAAUAAAUCAAUUCAACUACUAAAACAAAAAUUAUCUGAAUUUGAAAAAAUUGAUUAUAACACUUUAUCUUCAGCUGAUAAAAUUAAAUUAAAUAGUGCAAUGGCGUAUUCAUAUGCAACACUUUAUUUUUCAUAUUGUAAAUUAAAAGAUGACCAAACCAAUGUACGCGGUGCAACAAAAGAAUUAGAGAGAAUUCGUGCUGCGUUAACUAAAACGAAGAAGACUGAAUAA